AUGAAGUCCGGCUGUGAAGUGCGUCUAGUGACCUUGGUCCUUCUGAGCCUCUCGCUGGCUCCUGCGUGGGUGUUUGGAAAAUCGAUAGUGUCUUCCACAAGAACGGGCAGUUCUCCGAACGACCUUGAGCCAGCUGUGGGUGGGAGUUUGAGCUCCAAAGAUGGUGACCUUGACACGACCGCUAUCUCCGAGGAAAGCACACCCUCAACAGGUGCUCCCAACAUCAACAAAUCCCUCAACGAAGUGCCCACCUUCAACCGAGAGCAGGUUUCACUCGCCAUCCCAGCGGAGUUGUUUUCCGCAACGGCAAAUCUGACGCUACAACUGCGCAACUUCAUCGGUGACCUGAUCACGCGGACUUCAGUGCGGAUCGCGCAAGUGGUGCGGUUCUUUCAACCCCUGUUCGGAUACCAUCUGAUGAUCGACAUCCCGAAGGAGCUGGACGUGUGAUCGCGGG